AUGAUAUCUAGGUUCUGACUAAACCAUCUCAAACGCGUCUGCAUGUUUCAUCGCUAAGUCAUCAAUAUCUCCAGAUAUUGCAAGUGGAUGAUUCAGAGGUUCUACAAUUCUAUGACCAUGACUGAAAAGCCAUGAACCAAAUCAUCUUUCAACAUGAUAGCGUUCUGUCAGAUGUUCACAUGUUGCUCCCCAAUGCCCACAACAUAAUGACGCGCCUCAACAAAGUAGGACAACCUGUUUUCAUCUCCAAAUUCAAGUUUUUAUCCAAUGCCGAAAAACAGGACAGGAAGUGUGAGGCAACGAGUGAAAACAGCGACUGUGAAGCAUAUGUUACGCAAGGAAAAGACAGAGAUGAGAAACAUGAAAGAACUGUAGCGCCAGCUUUGGAUGAGGAUGGAGAUCUCGACAUUCCAAACCGACCCAGGAAUAAUGUUACAGAGGAUUGCACCAGAGAAGUGAUCUGCCCUGUCAUUCUCAGACAAUCCGAUACAAGUGCAGUACAAAACGAAGUGAAUACAGAUGAUGAAGCAGACGAGUGCUUUGAUGACAUUAUACGGAUUGAGCAUACUAUGGCCACACCCCUGGAGGAUGUUGGCAAACAGGUUUGGAGAGGAGCAUUACUCUUGGCUGACUUCAUUCUUUCUCAGCCCCUCAUGUUCAAAGGCGCAACAGUUAUUGAGUUAGGAGCUGGUGUUGGUUUAACCAGUGUUAUCAUGUCCACGUUAGCCAAAAGAGUGUACUGCACAGAUGUCGGAGAUGACCUUUUAAGCAUGUGCCAGAGAAAUAUAGUUCUAAAUGAACAAAUGAUUGAGCUUGCAGGCGGGGAAGUGAGAGUGAGACAGUUGGAUUGGCUCCGAUCUGAUCUUUGCACAGAUGCUGAUGUGGAACUUAGCUGGACAGAGGAGGAAGUAGCUGAUAUACAUGACAAUGUCAGUUUCAUCAUUGCUGCUGACGUUUGCUACGAUGAUGAUCUGACCGAUGGCUUCUUUCGAACACUGUACCGACUGUGCAGUAACUUUGCUCACAAUUGCACCAUCUUUAUUUCCAUUGAAAAAAGGUUUAACUUCACCCUGCAAAAAAUGGAUGUAUCUUGCGACGCUUACAACCAUUUCCAACACUGCCUGUCGCAGCUUGAGGACAUGGUGGAUGGGAAAUGCCUGUUCACAGUAGAACAGCUUCCUUCUACGUUCCCCCAAUUUCUUCAGUAUGAACGCAUAGAUCAGUUGGAGCUGUGGAAGGUGACUGCCAAUAGAGUCUCAUUUGACAAAGACCAGUCCAAUUCCCAGGAAUUAACUUCUUGACAUGUACUAUCUGUCACCACCAAUGGACAAUCCUCUUCCAGGAAUCUCUCAAAUCUUCAGGUUUAAAUUUUGAAGUGUAUCUGUAAUUUUCGGUUUCAGCCAACAAUUUUCAUUUAGGUGCAUCUCUACUGUAAUUAUGAUUACUACUGUGAGUUAACAUAGCUUACUGAAACAGUGCAUCGUAUUAAAAUUUAAGUGCAGUUUUGUGUUGUUGUAUUUAGUGUUGCACUGAAUUCGAUGCUUGUAUCAGAAGGGCCCCAGACACAUCGCUAAAAAGCAGAUAUCGGUAUCGACGUGUACUCAGCCAUAAUGCACCGGUUCUAUGCAAUAUGUACACUUUGAGAUUUAGUUAUCCUACCCAUGAUACCUGCCAGUUACGAAUGCUGCCGUAAAAGAAGCAGAAAUUGUUGCUCUUCCCAAGAUGGUCGCCGAUUACAGACUCCAUGAUAGCAAUUAUUUUACAUUCAAGUGAGUGUGCAGCAGAGGUGGGUAGUAACGCGUUGCAUGUACUCCAUUACAUUUACAUGAAUAACUUUUUGAGAAAAAUGUACCUCUCAGAGUAGUUUUACUCAGCUAUACUCUUUACUUUUGAGUAGAUUUGUGAAGAAAAAAAACUCACUCUGACGCCGUAAGUUUGGGCUACUCAAGAUUUGUUAUAUUUUUCCUCUUUAUUCUACAUAUUAGAUUGAUUUAUUUAUUUAUUGUCAGUGAUGUCAAGAGUAGAAACGUGCUUGGGCUAUUACCGGGAUAGUUCUACCGAUUUCACCAAUGAGACGUCGCAACAAUAAUCACAUGACUCCAUUAUACCAAUCAGAUGGAAGCUUGCCAUUCUUCACGCCAGCCUGUUCAAUCGCGGUGUCUUUAAAGCACUGUAAAAAAUUGAAUAUUUAAUAUACUGUACCUCAACAUGACACGGAAGCGUGGGUUUUAACAUCCCUCCCAGUUUUUAUUUGGCACUGAUUAACUACGGAAAACCGUAGACGUGAUCCUUUUAAUUUCACAACAGUAAUUAUGAAGGAACUCUUCACUAUUCAAACUUGGCUAUUUCUCCACCAGAGGGCAGUCAUGGUCUUUGGACGAAUAAGGCUUCAUUUAUGAUUUUUUUUCUUUCUUGUCGGAAUGCAGUCAUUUUUUUUUGUUUGUUUUGCAUUUCUUUGGCUUAAUGUGGUUAUGUAAUGGGUUAUUGUACAGUGUAUGUCAUUAUAACAAUAGUCCAUACAGAUAACGUUUUGCUCAGAAAAAAAUACCAUUGUAAAAAAAAAACAUCCAACAAAAAUUGAAUUGAAUAUUCUUUUCACCAAAUACUUGUUUUACUUUUACCUAAGUACAUUUUUUACACGACUACUUUUACUUUUACUUGAGUAACAUUAUUUUGAAGCAACGCUAUUCUUAAUUGAGUAAAAAAUUUUGACUACUCUACCCACCUCUCGUGUGCAGUAAUAGUCACUUGCUCCUUAGAGCAGGGGUGUCCAAACUUUUUGCAAUGGGGGCCAGAUUUGGUGUGGUUAAAAUGUGGGGGGGCCGAGCUUGGCUGACGUCCUUUACUUAGAAAAAUAUAAGCAAAUUUUAGCAAGCCAUUCUGUGUUUCACAUUUGCUUUAUUAUUUUUUUUAAUUGUAAAAUUUCAACAAACUCGCAACUAGCCUUUGUGGGGUUUUGUUUCGAUUCUCGGGCUCUUGCGAAAUACUGCUGCUGUGAAAUUAAACUAGCUUAAAGUUGCUUUAACUUCUCGCUACGUGUCUUCCCUGUAAAUCUUGUCGUACAUGUCAGCCUGUCUUGUUUGAUAAUAUCGUCUCACAUUGAACUCUUUAAGAACAGCGACUGUCUCUUUGCAAAUGAGGCAGACAUAGUUGUUGCGUAUUUUAGUGAAGAAAUUUCCACCUAUCCUUGAAGCGUCGGCCGUCGCAGUUAACUUUCUUUUUUGUGUUGAUCGUCGCCAUUUUGGAAAAUUGGGAGUAAAGGGUCACCCGGGGUAAUGUUGUUUAGAGUGCUGCUGCCUUUUAGUGGAUAAAUGAGGAGCAGCAAUUGUUUGUAAGCUACUUCAUAUGCUAGUAGCAGUACUGUUGACCAAUUUAUUAAAGUCUGUGUGCGGGCCAGACGUUAUUGAUUUUAUGACAGCGGCUGGGGGCCGGAUGAAAUUUGACCAGGGGCCGCAUUUGGCCCCCGGGCCGGACUUUGGACAUGCCUGCCUUAGAGGGUUAAGUCCUGGCAUCAUUUGAGAUUAAUUUUAUGUAAUAAAAAAUACUUUAAUGAUCAGACGAAUGAUAUGACAUUUGAUAACAUCCUGCAGCAUACAUGAUGGCCAGAUUAAGGAAUCACUUAUUGGCCCAGUGUAAUAGUUUUCUUUACUAUGUACUACUCAAAAAGUCUUCUUUGUGUUUUAUAUUUUUUUCCGUGAACAAUACAACAACGUAUUGUCGACGUUAUUGUUUUCUUUAGUCCUUCACAAAAAAUCAGCAUAUUGUGAUAAAUUUCAUUAUUUUCUGUAAUGUACUGAUAAACAUUAGACUUUGAUGUACAGUGGGGCAAAUAAGUAUUUAGUCAACCACCAAUUGUGCAAGUUCUCCUACUUGAAAAGAUUAGAGAGGCCUGUAAUUGUCAACAUAGGUAAACCUCAACCACGAGAGACAGAAUGUGGA